AUGCACCUGGUCUUUAUUAUGAUUGGCAACAUCCAGUCUGAUGUGAGGAUGCAGGCAUCAUCUCAUGCAUGGCACUGCAUUGCUUUCAUGCCAGUUCCUGUCUUUGAGGUUCACCCAGAUUUCCAAACAAUUCUUACUUCACACCUUUUUCACCAGUGUAUGGACAUUGUUUUUGCCUCUCUCAAGACAGUCACAUCAGAUGGUAUCAAUCUCACAGACCCAACCGGCUUUACUCAAAACUGUUUUACCCCUCUAGUCACAUAUAUUGCAGAUCUUCCCAAGCAACAGCUAGUUGCUUGUGUUGCCAAAAAUGCUUCCCCUAUCACCACCACAGUACUCUCCAACUUUGGUGACAGUGUACCCCAAAAUCCACAAACUGGCUUGUACAUGCUGCAGCAGAUUGUCAAUUUGUGUACACAUACCCAGGUGUGGAACAUCCCCUCUUUCCAGAAGGCUGCCAAAGCAGAGAAGUUACUGGGUGUACACCACCCUUUCUGGAGGGACUGGAAGUUCACUGACCCUGCACACUUCUUGGUGGGGGAAAUUCUCCACACUUGUCAUAAGUUCUUUUUUGACCAUGUUCUCAAAUGGUCCAAGGAAGCUGCCAGCAAUCACCUGCUUGAUAUGCAUUUUGCUUCUGGCAUCUCACAUGUGAAGCAGAUGAUGGGCAGAGACCAUUGUGAUAUUGAGAGGACCAUCAUCCCCAUGUUAGAUGGUGCUGUUCUGCCUCUAUUCGUCUAUGCUAUUUGCUCCAUGGUGGAGUUCAUUUAUAGGGCACAACAACCUAUCCACACUGACUCAUCUAUUGCAUCGACGACUGCCACCUUGCAGGCAUUCCAUGCCACUAAACACUCCAUUCUUGAUGCAGGGGCUUGA